ACACAAAUGUAAACAAACAACUUUGCGGCAGUAAAUAUGGCGUCUCACUUCAGCGGUGUCCUGCAGCUAACAGAUCUUGACGAUUUUAUCACCCCGUCCCAGGAAUGUGUCAAACCAGUCAAAGUUGUGAAGAAACAAGGUAAAUCUGUGGCGAAGAUACAGAUUGAGGAUGAUGGAAGUUAUGUACAAGUCAAUCAGGAUGGAGGGAAACAAAAGCUGGAGAGAGCAAAGAUUACCCUGAAUGACUGUUUGGCGUGUAGUGGCUGCAUCACUUCAGCCGAGAGCGUCCUCAUCACGCAGCAGAGCCACGAGGAGCUUUUAAAAGUGCUACAGAACAAUAAGACCAAAGAGACAGAGCAGAAGGUUGUAGUAGUUUCAGUAUCACCACAGUCAAGAGCCUCCCUCGCAGCACACUACAAACUCAGCAGCAGUGAGGCUGGCAGGAGGCUCACAUCUUUCCUCAAAGGCCUUGGUGUUCAUCAUGUGUUUGACACCAGCUUUAGUCGGACCUUCAGUCUGCUGGAAAGUCAGAGAGAGUUUCUGGAGCGUUUCAGUCGGAAAGAACAGGACAGCAAAGCCCUGCCCAUGCUGACAUCCGCCUGUCCAGGUUGGAUCUGUUAUGCAGAGAAGACACACGGCGAGUACAUUCUUCCGUACAUCAGCACCACUCGCUCUCCGCAGCAGAUGAUGGGCUCUCUGGUGAAAGGCUACUUUGCAGAACAGCAGGGCCUUAGUCCUCAACAGAUCUACCACGUGGCGGUGAUGCCCUGCUUUGACAAGAAGCUUGAGGCGUCACGUUCUGACUUCUACUUGGAGGAAGCUGAGACCCGAGAGGUGGAUUGUGUCAUCACCUCAGGAGAGGUUCAAAAAAUGAUGGAGGAGCAGAAUGUGUGUCUCUCUGACGUUGAGCCUGCAGCCUUGGAUACAAUGUUCAGCAGUGUGUGUGAGGAUGAGUUCCUGAGUCAUUCAGGGAGUGGUUCAGGGGGUUACCUCCAUCAUGUCUUCACAAAUGCUGCCAAGCAGCUGUUUGGAGAGGAGGUGAAGGAGCUGACCUAUAAGACACUCAGGAAUAAAGACUUUCAGGAGGUUAGACUGGAGAAAGAUGGUGCCGUCCUGCUGUGCUUCGCCUCAACAUAUGGAUUCCGCAACAUUCAAAACCUUGUUCAGAAACUGAAGAGAGGAAAGUCGCCCUACCACUUUGUGGAAGUCAUGGCCUGUCCGUCAGGCUGUCUAAAUGGUGGUGGGCAGAUUAAACCUUCAUCCAAUCAAAACCAAAAGGAUUUUCUUCACCAGGUGGAGGAGCUCUACAAGGCAGAGCGCCCCCUAUUGCCAGAAAAUGACACUAAGGUGGCUGAGUUGUAUAAAACCUGGCUGCACACCCUGGGAGAAGAGCGAGCCAAGGAGCUGUUACACACAAAGUACCACACUGUGGAGAAAAUGACCAAUGGGCUCACUAUAAAGUGGUGAUCCACGUGCUUCUCUAGCCAAGGGGAUGUAUGCAGACUUUUGUUUUGCCCUCACCUUUGGUGCUGACAGAGGUGCAUAGAACAUGUGUUACUUUGGAAAGUAGAAUUUAUGCAGAAUUUAUUAUUUUUUGUUUAGUUUUGUUUUUCCUGGAGGCCUGAUAGGCUGGAAUAUCAUCAUAUUAACCAAGGCCUCUGUACUGCCAAUUAUUAAUUUACUCAUUGUCCUCAUAUGAUGCAUUUUGUUACCCUUUGAACAUGCCAUUUAAAAUCAAAUAUUAGCUAAUUAUCAUUCUUUACUAAAUACGUGUUUAUUUAUACAAUUUGAAAUAAAUCAUUGUUCAAUGA